AUGGGAGGCGGUCCACCACCUCCACCGCCACCGAUGAUGAUGGGAGGCGGUCCACCACCACCUCCAUUUUUACCAAGAGGUAUGGCACCUCCUCCACCUCCUCCUAUGGGUAUGAGCAACGGUGGUAUGGGCGGAGCAGCAGCACCACCAAAAUCACAACCAAUUAAUAAAUCUGCCAAAACUAUACGUUUACAUUGGCGUGAUGCAGCUCCAAAUAUGAUGCCUACUGCUGCACCAGGACCUAAUGAUUCUCUUUGGACUUCAUUAACUAAAGUCAAAUUAGAUACUGAUAAAUUAGCAGAAUUAUUUGAAGUAAAACAAACUGAAGUUAAAAUCAAGGUAAUUAUUACGAAUUUUCUAGAAAACUAA